AAUCACGUUGAUGCCUUGAUUGUUGUCCGAUUGUGAAACAAACACAUCAUUUGACUGUUAAUUAGAAAAGUCAUAUGAUUGAAAAGUAAUAUUGACAAAUUAAUGGUAAUUGUGACAAAAACGAAAGAGGAAGUAAACAGGUGGGAAUUCCGAUGACAUAAUGAGUAACUUUAUUUUGUCUUACAGAGAGGCUAUGCUUAUGUCCAGGGUGAUUUAGUCGACCGGGAAGACAGUCCAGUGAAACCAGCCUUCCCUGGGAAUUGCAUGAUUGAUAAGAGUUAAGUCAAAGGUCAAGUUUAUAUAACACCGGAGAGGACAGCUGAGGAUGGUAAGGACAAACCAGUCAAUCUUGUCAGCAGUGCAUUGCAUCUUACCGGGGAAUUUCAUAAAAACACCAGAAGAGCUGUACAUACAAGUAACUCCAUAGAAAAGAGGAUGGCCGAAAAACGUAGUACGUCCCCAGCUGAUGAUCAGCAGUAUGAAAUCAGAAAUCUAUAUUCUGAUAUGGUACUAAGUCUCCGGGAAAUGAUCAACCCAAAUAGGAAAUCGGCCUGGGAGAAACUUUUGAUUGCACUAGACCCAUUGUUACCUUAUGAAAUCCAUGAUGAUGACAUAAAAAAUAUUGUACAAAUACUUGAGAAGCUGAGGGCAAAAGGAAAGAUUGAUCUUAUGAGAGGUUCCUUUGAGAAACUCCAUCAUGCACUCAUGAAAGUUGAUGUUGAUGCAGCCAAGGUUGUUCAGGAGAAAUCAGAAAAGAUAAAGGCGCUACUGUCCGAAGGGAAGUGUAAUCUUUUUUACUUGUUAUUAAAUAUAGUUUUGUUUUAGGAAUGAAAUCAUAAAUAAAUCACACAAACUUAGUUAUGAUAAACAAUUCAAUGGUACAUAUUAUAGCUUGUAACACUGUAUGCUCUCUUCAGCAUUUAUCAAGCCACUUUCAACUUAUAUUUCUAAUUGCUUUACACAUUGCCUCAUUUUUUCUAGAGUUUGUAAUUCCUAAUGUAUAAAUAAAAUGUUCAGUUUCAGCAAGACAAUAAUAAAGCGAUGACUGAUCUGUCUUUGUAAUAUUGUAUCAGAGCUGUUCAGUGUCUGCUUGUAGCUGUUUGGUACCAAAUGGUAUCACAGCUGAUUGAUGUCUGGUUGUAACAGUGUGGUACCCAAUGGUAUCACAGCUGAUUGGUGUCUGGUUGUGAAAGUGUGGUACCCAAUGGUAUCUUAGCCUAUGACUGGCACCAAAUGGCCUCAAAGCUGUUUGAUGUUUGUUUGUGAAAAUGUGGUACCCAAUCGUUUCACACCUGAUUGCUGCCUGGAUAUGAAAGUGCGGUACCAAUACAUCAUAGAUUGUACCCAAUAGUAUCACAGCUUAUUGAGGUCUGGUUGUGAAAGUGUGGUACCCAAAAGUAUUACAAUGAGCUGUAGUGCGGUACCCAAUGGUAUCUUGCAUAUAGAGGUUUGGUACCCGUUUGUAUCACAUUAUAUCGAAGUGUGGUACCCGAUCGUAUCGCAGCUGAUUAAUGAAACUGCCUCUUUAUUAUUAUUAUUAUGGUAUAUAAUUACAUCAUGCCAUUUAUUUACUUACAGGAGAACCAGCAGCUAAGAGACGUAAGACUGAAGAUGGAUUCCAGAUUAAAGAAAUGGAUCCUAGGUUCAAAGCUAUGAUAGGAGAUCCAGCUGCAAAAAGACAUAUGAGUAGAGAUGGAUUCCAGAUUAAAGAUAACACGCCUGUCACUGUUGCCUUAGAGGACAAUGGGUCUUUGUCCCCAUGUGAGGGAAACCCUGUGAUGGGUAAUUGCGUAUCCAACGUGGGUCAGUCUACGGUAGCAAGCAUGGUUGCUGAUGAGGUUUCAGGCUUAGGACUUUGUCAAGUGAUCCAGAAUGCUGUCCGAGGUUCCGGAGUGAAGGAAGGAUCGUUUCUGGACAGACAAUCCUCCAGGAUGGCUGAGCGUAUUUUGUUAAGCAAAAGUGAAAACACUAACUGUAAAUAUAACAGCGCGUUCAGAAAAUGGGAGACUUUUAUAUCUUCUCAUGGAUUUCCCGCCCUACCUGCCAGUCCUAUACAUGUUGCUCUGUACAUGAACAAUCUGUUAGAUAAAGGAUCGACUUAUUCUGUGUUGAAUACGGCCAUGUAUGCUAUCAAAUGGGCACACAAUGUCAGUGGACAUACCGAUCCUACUACGAACACUUUCGUCAUCAGUCUAGUGGAGGCAUCAAAGCGCGUCGCCAAAAAACCGGUGUGUAAGAAGACGCCGGUCACUACUGACAUUUUAAUUACAUUGUGUUCCAUGUUUUCUCAGACAGAGGACUUGUUAAUAGUUAGAGAUUUGACAAUGAUGCUGAUUUAUUUUUCAGAUUUGUUGAGUUUUAGCGAACUUUGUGAUCUGCGUUGUUCAGAUGUUAAGAUGUUUCAGGAUUAUUUCUAUCUUGUUAUAAGAAAACGUAAGACAGAUCAGUACCACCAAGGCAAUAAAGUUUUUAUAAGUAAGGGCAGUACAUCAGCCUGUCCCCAUACCAUGUUAAAAAGAUAUAUAGAACGAGCGGGGAUUGAUCUGAAGUCCGACGAAUAUUUGUUUAAGCAGGUAUACAAAUCUGGGUCCAUUUGUAAGCUUAUUCACAAAAAUAAGCCCAUCAGUUAUUCAGGAGUGAGAAAAGCUAUUAUCAAGAGAUUAAAAUUAGUUUCAGACGGGAAAGAGUUCGGUUUACAUUCACUACAGGCAGGGGGUGCUACCGUUGCAGCAAAUAACGAUGUGAAUGAACGGUGUUUAAAAAGGCAUGGUCGCUGAAAGAGCGAAUCGAGCAAAGAUGGCUAUGUAGCAGAUUCUUUAUCAAAAAUGUUAGAAGUAACUCAGAACUUAGGUUUGUAAUUUUGUAUCAUUUUUUUAUUGAUUAGUGCAACACCCUUUCUUUGUAAUUCUAUUUAAACGGCGGGCUAGACGGCAAAUGGAUAUUUGCGUUUUUGUUUCAUGUUAAAGGCACAUUUUAGUGUAGAGAAGACUAAAAUAUUCCCGUGUUUCGUAGUAAAGCGGGACUAGUUUGUCUUGUUCGACACGUACUAGCUAGUGUAGCACGUGCUGUGUGCUAUUGCGUUUCGCAGUAAAUGCGAGUUGGGGUCAUUUCUAGCCGUCGUUCCGUACUGAGCGGUCAUACCAUUUUUGUUUUUUGUUUGUUUUGGCUGUAUUGUAGAUUCAUAACGGUCAGUGUCUGUAUUGUACAGGAGGAUCUAACAUAGGUUCCAAUGUUACCCCUGAGGAUAACUUGCAGUGGGAAGUAGUUAGUCUGAACUCUCCCUUGCCAUUGGACGCAGGUUUCCGGAAAUUUAUCCGGUUUUUCCUGAGCGAGCAGGUUGAUCUCGAUGAAGGGGAUUUUUUACUCCUGAAAAAAUGUAAUCGUAUUAUUAUAGUGGCAAUAUUGGUCAUUAUAUCACUUGUAUAAUCACUAUUUUUUCAUGUCUGAUAUGAAACGCCGACCGCUAUUUAAACGGCGGGCUAGACGGCAAAU